CCACCUUCUGGUCCUGAGACCUCCCAUCGCCAUCGGCUGCAUUGUCUGGCUGCGACGACAUUCUUACGACCUCUCGAUCCUUCUCUCGAUUGCUCGCUUCGAACAAGCAACCUCAUCUCUCGGACACGUCUCCUUUGUGCAUGAGCGCCAGCUACUAGAGCAUCCGUAGGCUCGCCUCAGAGCGUACGCUCAGCACCUUCCGCAGCUGGGAACUGAAGAAAUUGGUGUCGAACACCGGUUUCUUUCGUUCUUCUGCAACAGUCUCGACACCAUGCCGUCCUUUUACCCGCGCAACUUGCCUCGCCAGCUCCCACUCACACCGCCAGAGUUCGUCCCCAAAUACACUACUGGAUGCGGGGGAAUACCCUACCAACAGUCUACAUAUUCUGGUCAGCCGAGCAUUCGACAACAGGACGAUGGAUACGACUUCGGAGUCGGAGACCGGUAUGGUCAGCUCGCGAUGGCAAUGCCCCCAAUGUACCCACAAGCUGGCACUUAUCUGAGCAACCCGCCACCGAGCCUACCGCCGCCAAGUACCUUCUACGAUGCCCCUAUCCUUCCUCCGAUGCGCGUGCAGAAUGGCCCGUCUAUUGAGUCUCUGCAGCAGCAGCAGCAGCAGCAGCAGCAGCAGCAACAACAACAACAACACCAGCAACAACAGCAACAACAACAACAGCAACAACACCAGCAACAACAACACCAGCAGCAGCAGCAACGUGCGCAAGACCUUAGCCAGCGAGCAAAUCCACCAAAGGAAGAGAAGCCAGUUGGCGGUGUUUCUGCCAAGCUUGACUACGACAUGGAUGUCAUGACUGAUUUUGUUUGCGAGAUGGCACAUGCACUCAUCACGCCUGGACGCCCCAUGCCUGCGUCUUUCCGCAAGUGGGUUCACCAAGUUUUGUGCGCCACGAGGCUGCCUUCGGCGACCAUCUUACUCAGCAUGUUCUACCUGUCGAAUCGGAUGCCUAUGUUGACAGGCCAGCCCAAGUCGGACAACCAUCUGUUCCGCCUGCUCACCAUCUCGUUGGUCCUUGGCAGCAAAUUCUUAGACGACAAUACGUUCAUCAACCGAUCAUGGUCAGAGGUCAGCGGCAUUCCUGUCCAAGACUUGGACCGUCUCGAGAUGGAGUGGUUAUUGGCCAUCGACUUCAGGCUUCACCGCGACCCGUCGGAGCAACAAGGCUGGUGUUCCUGGUCAGAGCACUGGAAGGACUACGCUGCCAAUGUUACGGCCCGUGCGAACCGGUCUAACAGGCUGAGCCCAAUUGAUACCACGGUGCAGCGACAACGUUCCCUCAACCAGAACAAGCCGCUUCCACCGUUGCCUAUGCAGCAGAACUACAGCCAGCCACCUCCUUAUGAGUAUACACCCAAGUCUUCGCAGACGUCCUACAGCACCGCGUCCAACUAUACACAGUACGACCCGUGGCGAUCUGCCAAUGACAAUUCUCCAGCGUCUGCUCCGACCACUGGACCCACAACUCCAGAGUACUACGGCGUUCCGGGAACUUGGGCUCCAUCAGAAGGCUAUUCACGUCGCACCAUGUUCGGCUUCCCACCCCUGUCUCAGCCUGCCCCCGCUCAGCCGCAACACCAACAGCAGCCAUCCAAUUACGGACCCCCCGCAUACACCGCGCAGUACAACCCACCGGCCUGGAACAACCACGCCGUUAAUUGCGGCUGCAUGUAUUGUGCCCAGAGACAUCCACCGUACUUCAUGGCUCCCGGCUUUGGGCCCCAGGCUGUUGCUGUGUAAAUGCUCCCGCUUCGGCGAGCAGGCACCUAAAUGACUCUAUAUCUGAUGAAUAUUCUAAUUGGUAUUCCUCAGACUAUGGAAGUUUCAUUGUUGGCUGCCUGACCGGCAUUCGGGAUGCGGAUUGCUUAAGGUUAU